ACAAUUAACAUCGGGAUUAAUUAUUCGAUCUAUUCUCCUCUCUUCACAAAUUGCUAAUGAGUUAGUCAGAUUAUCUGGUGCGGAUCCCAAAGACGCCAUUUGUCUCUCUCCCCAUUGUCCCCAAAGUCUCACUUUGUGGCAAAACGUGAGACACCUGCCUCUCUUAAUUUUGCAGCCGCCGGUGUGGCGGAAUGCAAAAAACUAAUCAAUAGUGGGUUCCAUUCGUUGAUUAAUAAGAAAAUCUACAAACGAGUAGGUAGUACCACCUCGUGAUAACAUGGAGUACCCAUCCAAGCCAACAUUAAAAAUAAUACCACAAAAAUAUAUCGAAAAACUAGCUAAAUAUGCGUCUAUAAAAGCUAUAGAUAUCGGAUAUCCCCCUAAGGCUCCAAUUAUAUGAGCUCAAAUGGAUUUUCUUUUACCUUACCUAAACUCUGCCAUGGCAGGACUCUUUGCGGCCGUUAUUCUCUUUUCUUACUACCUUGUAAGGAGGUCCAGAGCUGGCUUGCACAAAAAAGCACCUAUCGCUGCGGGUGCAUGGCCUAUAAUUGGUCACCUCCCUCUGUUGUGGGGAAUAAAGCCUCCCCAUAUAACAUUGGGAGCCAUGGCUGAAAAGUACGGACCAAUUUUUAGUAUCCAGCUUGGGUUGCAACGUGCUUUGGUAAUAAGCAGUUGGGAGAUGGCCAAGGAGUGCUUCACCACCAACGACUUGGCUGCUUCCUCUCGGCCCAAGCUCUUAGCCUCUAAACACUUCAGCUAUAACUACGCCAUGUUCGGCUUCGCACCCUAUGGUCCCUAUUGGCGUGAAAUGCGUAAAAUAGCCACCUCGGAGCUACUAUCGAACCGUCGGCUUGAACUUCUUUCCUACGUUCGAGUCUCCGAAGUUCAGACCACCUUACAAGAGCUAUACAAAUUGUGGACAGAGAAAAACAAGGAGUCAGGCCAGAUUUUGGUGGAGUUGAAGCAGUUGUUCGGGGACAUGACCCUCAACGUGAUUCUUAGGAUGAUAGCUGGAAAACGCUACUUUUUUACCACUACAGUGGCUGAUGAGGAGGAGUCACAACGAAUCCAAAAGUCAGUGAGGGUAUUCUUUCAUUAUAUUGGGUUAUUUGUGGUGUCGGAUACCAUCCCUUACAUUGGGUUGUUGGAUUUUGGCGGACAUGAGAAGGCCAUGAAGAAAGUUGCAAAAGAAUUGGAUAGUCUUGUUGGAGAAUGGUUGGAAGAGCAUAAGCGUAAGAGAGCUGCGGGUGAGGAUAAAGAGGAUAAAGAUUUCAUGGACGUAAUGCUUACAGUCCUUGAUGGCAAAGACGUUGCAGGUUAUGACGCUGAUACGAUCAACAAAGCCACAUGUUUGAAUAUAAUUGCAGGAGGCGCUGAUACUAGCACGGUUACCCUAACUUGGGCAAUAUCAUUAUUGUUGAACAAUCGCCGAGUGUUGAAAAAGGCACAAGAUGAGCUUGACAUCCAUGUGGGCAAGGAAAGAGCUUUAAACGAGUCAGAUAUCAGUCAGCUAGUCUACCUUCAGGCCAUCGUCAAAGAGGCAUUACGUUUAUAUCCACCAGCACCUCUAUCCACACCACGUGAAUUCUCUAAGGAUUGCGUCAUAGGUGGUUAUUAUGUCCCCAAAGGCACACGGCUGAUCACAAACAUUUGGAAAAUUCAUAUGGAUCCACGCAUAUGGUUAGAUCCAUUGGCAUUCAAGCCGGAAAGAUUUCUCACCACCCAAAAAGAUGUUGAUCUUAGGGGUAAAAGUUUUGAGUUAAUCCCGUUUGGAAGUGGUAGAAGAGUUUGCCCUGGAAUAUCUUUCGGCCUUCAAAUGGUGUACUUCGCACUAGCUAGUUUUUUACACAUGUAUGAUAUCUCAACUCCUUUGAAUGCACCGGUUGAUAUGACUGAGACCCCUGGACUAACGAACAUGAAAGCUACUCCACUUGAAGUCCUCAUCACACCGCGCCUACCUUCCGAUUUUUAUAGAUUAAUGACAACUGUCUAAUUGAGUUCAUGGUUAGGCCUAAGUACUGUGAUGAUACGAUUUUUCUCAUAUUAUGAAUAUGCAUAUUAUUGCAAUAUCUUUAUUAUUAAGAAAUAUGUUAUAAUAAUUACAUGAUUA